AUGGUAAGUUGGUCUAUAUGGAAAGCUCGCAACAACCUCAUUUGGAAUAAUCGUGUUAGUUCUGCAGCUGAUGUAGUCUAUAUCGCUCAUCAAUCACUUGGACAAUGGCUUUCAGCACAAAGUCUUCGGUUUGAGCCAAUUUUUCUAAACUCCAAUUGCACCAGCAGCUGCAACUCAUGGUCCAAACCAGCUGAAGGAAUGACCAAAAUCAAUGUUGAUGGAGCUACAUUUGAUGCUACCAACUCUUUUGGCACAGGAUUCAUAGCUCGAGACUCUAAUGGGGCUGUUAUAUUGGCUUCUUCUACCUACUCGUAUGGCUUCUCUAAUGCUCCUUUCGCUGAAAUAAUUAGCAUAAAAGAAGCCUUGAGUUGGAUAAAAGACUCACAACUGUCGAAUGUGGUGAUCGAGACGGACUGCCUUACUGCCGUUCAAGCUUUGCAAAGUCAAAUUGAUAUGCCUUCAAUGUUUGGAAUUGUUGUAAAAGACUGCAAAGUUUUAUUGUCUUCUUUAUUUAAUGUAACUAUUUCUCAUGUUAAGCGAUCUGCUAACAAGGCUGCCCAUUGCUUGGCUCGUGGCUCUUGUUAUUGGUCUGAUCGUAGUUUUUCGGAGAGUACUCUUCCUAAUACUCUCAAAUCGAUUGUGAUUGCGGAUUUGAAUUAA